UUCCUUUAUCAUCGGAUCUACUUACGCUACAAAACCAAACAUGCCUUAUUACGGACAUCUCAUUAUGAAUGCAACGUACAAAGCACCUAUGGGUAUUAGGAACGAGAGUCGUCUUAUUUUCGCAGAAUUGCGUAAUGGACAGACAAGAAUAGAAAAGUUAACUGAACCUAAUCAAAUGAUAUACACCAACAAGGGCAUAUUUUUUGUCAGCGAGGCUUUAGGUGGUGUUCUAAAAAUGACAAACGGAAGUGUGGCGUGUAACCUUAUGUGGGAUGAAUAUCAGGAGCCGAUAUCACCAUUUCCCGAUUUUGUUAGAGAACAACAAUGUCCCGAGAUAUGUCUAGAGUCAGAUAUGGUAGCCGUUGGCACAAUACUUAACAAUGAGCCAAAAUUGACUGAGGAACAGCGUUACGGUAUUGUAAGUUAUUUGUCCCAGUUAUGCGGAGACUAA